AUGUCUAACGGUGAAACUAAUGAAAUCAGCUCUUUAUAUCCAGCAGCUCCACCAUAUAUCACCUUCUUCACGGACGAGAAUAUCAGCCAGCUAGCUGAAUACCAAAAAUCAGUAAAAAAAAAUGGAAACGGCAAUGGCAAUGGCAAUGGUGUGGAUGAGAUUACCUGUGCCCUGGACUAUCUGAUCCCACCGUCUAUGCCAUCAGGACUGCAGUACAGAGCGUUCGGCAGUGUAUGGCACGUGAAGGAUCAUCUCCCUGAUCUAGAGACUAUGGGAUUGACCCAGCUGUACAAGAAGCCUGAAGAUGCCACCGCUGCAGGCAGCACGAGUUACCAGUACAAAACUCAAGAACUCAAGAAACUGUUGAAAUCACUCCUUUUGAACUACUUGGAGCUUGUCGGUGUGUUAAGCAUCAACCCGGAAUUGUUUCAGCCGAAGGUGGAACACAUUAGAACCAUACUCGUCAAUACACAUCAUUUGCUGAAUGAAUACAGACCUCACCAAUCCAGAGAAUCUCUAAUCAUGCUUCUCGAGGAACAGGUGGAGUACAAGAAGAAAGAAAUUCAAACUAUAAAUCAAAUCUGUGCCGAGGUACGUGAUACGUUAGUCAAGAUACAAGAUUCGGCCGUAGAGACCACAGCGGAUUAA